AGCUAUUUUAGUGAUAUGUCAGCUAGUAUGUACAUUUUCUUCGUGGUAUCCCUAAAAAAAAGACAUAACGCAGCUGAUUGAGAGGCAGUAGAAGUGAAACGUAAGAAAGUAUGCUCCGCCUGUUUUUGCUCUUCGUCAUGUGACGACACAUAGUCGACGUGAGCUGCAUGAAGGUAGUGCUGAGGUAGUUAUGGCAUCUCCGGGGUAUUUUGAUGAUGGUCCGCCGAUGCGCGAGCGUGACCCGUACUUCACCGAGGUCAUCAGCCAGAGGAUGCGCGUGCCGGAGCGGCUUAGGUUCGGUCCCGCGCGUCACAUGCACGAGCCUGCGGACAAAAGACCUGAAGAUAUACCUGCAGCCUACAACAUGCACAUACCCGACAGACUGGCCUUAUCAGAUAUUCCUGACCUGAGUCCACGGCCUCUCUUCUCCAAACAUACUUCAUCAAUGUGGGACCUGCAGCACGGAUCCUUGGACCGGGAGGUGUACAUGAGAGAGCCUGUCCAGAGUCCUCUUCGUAGGUCUUAUAGUGACCACGCUUUUGGCCGGACCCCACCUGGAACCCCCUCGUACUCUAGACAGGCACUUCGCUCCCAGUCUCCCCGCAGUGUUGGACAUCCACCUGCUGUACAUGCAGACCCGUCCCCACCAAAGCCCCUGGGGCUCCCCUCCAUCCCACCUGACCUGCUGUCCCCACAGAGCAUGCUGCAGGCUGCCAAGGAGCUGGGGCAGCAGGCCUCUCAGAAAAUCCUCCAGACUGUCACCAAAAAAUACUCCUCCAGGUUUGGUUACCCAGAAAACCACCCCUCCCAGGCAGUGGAGGUUCAGCCUGAUCAGAGCAGGACAAGUGCCUCACAUGAGUUCUGGCUGAGCCCUGAGGAAGACACUGGAACUGCUGUUGAAUUUAUGGUGCUCCGCAGACAGGUUGUGAAGAUGAGCAGGCGGAUAGCAGGACUGGAGAGACAGAAUGCAGAGCGCAGACAGACAGAACUAGUGCUGUUUUCACUGCUGCUGUCUGCCUGCCUGAUCAACAGCUGGCUGUGGAUGCGCAGAUGACGUCACUCUACAAAACACUAUAGAACACUACAUAAACAGACAACUCUACAUAAAGCUCUCAUAUAUUACACAGCAGAGCUUAUUCUGUACAUCCUGUGUGACGUAUGUUAUAGUGAUUUAUUAGGGUAAUCCAGAGUCAUCCCUAUUAUGGUAAAUGGAUGGCUUAGAAACCACUCCUGUUAAGCACUGUCAUUAUUAUGGUGAGGCGUAAAGUCUGUGUCAUCCACUCAUGUUUGUAAUCACAGCAGUGACAUGGCGCACUUAUGGAGACGUGGUCCAUGAGUAAUUUGAGGGGAGUUCAGCAUAUCCUCACUCUUGGCUCUUGUGAUCAGAACACUGUAGUAGAUUAAGUUUUUUUGCAGUGACGUUUUGAUUUGUUCUGCAUUUCUGCAUGUGUUUUAAAAGCCUUGCAGGUUUUGUUUAGAUUAUUUAUGAAGUUACACUGAUGAAAGUUUUUGUUUAGCUUUUAUUCAGCUCACAAUUCUUUAACCUGUUUGCUCAGCCUGAUGUAUAUUAUAUAUUUAAAAUAAUAAAAAU